AUGUAUGGAAACAACGAGGACCGUGUCUUUGUCAGGAAGCGGUUCGUGACGGCUCGUCCUUCCCAGAAGGCAGCGAUCCUGGAACAAGUCAACAAGUUCAAGCAAUACGAACACAAGAACAUUGCGAAAUUACUCUGCUCAUACGCGCAGCCGAGCCAUGUGGGCAUCAUCACGGAGAAAGCGCAGUACAAUCUAGACGACUAUUUGUCUUUGGCGAGUAAUGAUUCUAGUCGCCCGAAGCAGUUGGUGGACUGGAUGUACGAUCUUGCAUCAGCAGUGGAGUACCUCCAUACUCAGUCGAUCUGCCAUCGCAGUAUUCGACCUCGCAAGAUACUCAUAGAAGACUCUCGAAUCUUACUCGCGCCCUUUGACAUUGGCCAGGCAGCCGACACCUUCAGCCCGACAAUGGCUACGUCCCAGCGCCUGGAUCAGCUACAGACAUACUUCCAAGACCAGGCAUACGUCUAUGCCGCGCCCGAAGCUAUAGUCUCACGUGGAAAGCGCAUGGCCGACGUCUUCUCGCUGGGCUGUGUAUUCCUAUCCAUGAUGACAGUCGCAGCCGGCCAAUCACUCUCCAUGUUCACUCAGUAUAGAGCAGGCUCGACCCAAGACUCAUCUUUCCACGCCCAUCUCGACCGCGUCGGAAGCUGGCGAAACCGCCUUCACGCAACCACCACCUCGGGCCUUCGAAACGGCAUGAUUGGAUCUGGCCGACGUCUAAGACAACUCAAGGCCGAAGCCGAGUGGCUCAGCGUCAUCGAAAAGAUGCUACUCCCCCGCCCCAAAGAGCGCGUAAAGAUGAGCUUCAUCAUGGCGACCAUCGGCAACGGCGGCAAAGCCAUGGGCGGAAACAGGAGGCGCAGCCUCGACAGCGGUGGUUACAGCGGCCAAGCUGCUGCAUCGCUCGGAGUCGGCGGAAACACGACGCUGAUCGAUCUCGGGGUGAACGGCAGCCAGGAGCCCACGCGCAAACCGGAGUUGAGCGUCUUCGAUGGCUAUUUUCAGAGCCAGUCGAGGCGCAUUGAACCGGCGGGGGGAUGGUGA